UGCUUGAGGUGUCUGAGGUACUGCUGCUUAAGACCAGACCAGAGCCUGGGACUGACUCCAGAGCUUCUCUGAGCUCCACUUCUCACUGAUCCCUGCUUCUGGAUCUAUCUGCCUGUUGUGUGUCUCAAUGAGAAAUUAUCACUAUCUUUUUUGAAUUUGGAACUGUUUGUACUCAUUGGAACAAAAUAAUGGAUCUCACCACUUUUUACUUCCUGACCACUACUUUGGUUUUGAUACUGGAGCAUGAAGCAUACUCAGACUCAACUGCCCCUGAGCCUGGUCCAGAGGAGGGCCCUGUGAUGCAGCUCAUCUACAGGCCCCUACGGCGGGAGAAGCGGUGUUCCUGUGAGAACCUGAAUGAUAAAGAAUGUGUGUACUUCUGCCACAUUGGCAUCGUCUGGGUCAACACUCCUAGUCAGGUAGUGCCAUAUGGAGUGGGCUCCUUCCCUGUUCGACUGAGGAGAGAGGUGGGACGGUGCUUCUGCCUGAAGAGAAAUGACUUUGAGUGUCUUCACUUUUGCUCUGCCUUGCGUACACUCAAAGAAGGUGAAAAUGAUUUGGUCAAGAGGACAUUUGCGACAAAGUUGAAGAAGAGAUAUAAGGCUGAAAUCUCAAAUAAAAGGAUCCAACAAACACUAAACGCAAGAAACCUGAAAGAAGAGAAUGGACACUAGUUUCAUGUCAUCUACUUUGAUUGAUCUCUUUUACAAAGAACAUUGUACAGUGGUGGGCCACUUCUGAAACGUAUUUAUGAAAUGUUGUAACUUUGCAGUCUUUUUGUGAUUGUGAAUCAUUCUCAAAUGUUUUAAUGCUGUACAUAAAUAUUUUUUACUUUACAACAUACAGUCCAUACAUAAUUUUAUAUAGUUACAGUAAUGCAUAAAUUAGCAGUAUUAAGAUGUUAAAUGUAAAUGUCUUGUAUCUCUGUCAAUGUUGUUUCUACAAUGUUUUGGCCUCUACAUCCUUUUGCUGUCAUGAAGUUUGAAUGUGAAAGACAUACGUACAUGCUAGAAAUGGAAAGCAAUGAAGUUCAUGGCUCUUAAACGCGAGUUACAGUAUGUACCAAACUAGACAGGGAAUAAUCUGUGUGAUCUAGGACAGGUGGGUCAUUUAACGCAUCAUAUAUAAAAAGGUAUAAAAGUAGAGUUUACAUGUUAUAGCAGUGGUAUUCAAAGUCGGGGUUGCCAAAAUAGUCCCCGCUGAAAAAGUUUGAAACCAGUGUUACAUUUAAAAUUGCAUUGCUACCAAGAUAUGGAUUUCAGACUAGGGCUGGUAUUCAAGCAAACCUGCAAGGCUACCAGACCGCUGAAGAAAAACCCAUUUCAUACAGUAUUACUAUCUCUACAGGUACAAAGCUAGUCUGUAUUGACAUAGUAUCUGAUAACUAGCUAUGCAGGUUUGUUUGAGCACCAGUAUUGUUUAAAAGAUUAUCAAAUAACUAUUUAUUUUGUUUG